AGCAUCUGUUUCCUCUUCCACUUUUCCCAGUUUCUCCCAAGUGUGUCCACAACGGGAAGGAGUUUUCAGAGGAGGAGGUGUACCGUAUGGACCCGUGCUGGCUCUGCCAGUGCCGAGGAGGGAUAUCCUUCUGCUCCAAAGCAGAAUGUGCGGAACUGGACUGUGAGAACUUCUACAUCCCGGAGGGAGAAUGCUGCCCCGUAUGCAUAGAUGUGGAGCUCCUGUCUAUGGAUAGCACGGAGGCCAGCUGCUGGGUGAACAACAAGCUGCGUGGCCACGAGGAGCAGUGGAAGGAGGAUGACUGCACCUUCUGUCAGUGUGUGGAUGGAGAGCCCCACUGUACCGCCAUGGCCUGCAAACAGAGCUGCCAGAACCCAGUCAAGAUCCCAGGAGAAUGCUGCCCCUUCUGCGAGGAGCCUUCGUAUGAGACAGUGAGCCCCAUGCUGUGUCCUCGUCUGGAGAACUGCUCUCGAUCAGGGAAAGACUGCCCCUACGGCUUCCAGCAGGACAAUAACGGCUGCCUGCUCUGCCAAUGCCUCAACCAUGAAUCCUGCCCUGACCUGGGGACAUAUUGCUCCCUGCAAUGCCCCAUGGGAUACGAGAAGGAUAACUUUGGCUGCGAGGUGUGUGAGUGCAGCUCUCCAAUGCCCAAGUGCCGACCCCUGACCUGCAGUAAGACCUGUCCCUACGGAUAUGUGAGGAAUAAGCACGGCUGUGAGAUGUGUCGCUGUGUCAAGUGUCCCCCCUUAACCUGUGAUAAGAACUGCAGCGAUGGCUACCGGCAGAACAGGAAGGGCUGCUCCAUCUGCAUGUGCAAAGAGCGUGACCACCUGCCAAGCACCACUGCCCCCGCCCCCAUGCCCAGCUACUGCCUGACCUCCAACGGGCACCGCUAUGAGGAGGGCGAGAGCUGGCACGACGGAUGCCGGGACUGCUACUGCCACACUGGGAGAGAGAUGUGUGUGCUCAUAUCCUGCCCUGUGCCCAGUUGUCCCAACCCCGUGGUCAGGCCUGACCAGUGCUGUCCCACUUGUGAAGAUGAGUCAGGCAGUGGUCAGCCAGAGGGCAUGGACCUGGUGGUGUGUCGAGCCCCUGGGGGGAAUCUCUAUGUGGAGGGAGAGACCUGGAACCUGGAUGAGUGUACACGCUGCACCUGCAGGAAGGGCCGUGUCCUGUGCGAUACUGAAGUGUGUCCCCCUGCUGUGUGUCAGGCCCCAACCAGGAACAAGGACACCUGUUGCCAUGUCUGCCCAGAGGACAAGCAGGGUCCCCAGCUCCCGGUGAGCACCAGUCAGCAGGAGUACUGUAUCUCCAGCGAGGGAGACGUGCUUUUGGCUGGGGACACCUGGAAGGCCAAUGCCUGCACCAGCUGCACCUGCAACAAUGGAACCAUUCAGUGUUUCUCCCAGCGCUGCCCGCCUGCCAACUGCAGGGUGCCCGUCCUGCGCAAGGGCCAGUGCUGCCCUCACUGUCUGGAAAUAACAACAACGUCUGUUCCAAUGAUGGUGUCGACCAAGGCCCCCAAGACCAGGGUUACUACCACAGUGGACAACACAGUCUGGAUCACCACUGUCACUUUGCCUCCUAUCAUUGCUGCUACAGAUGGGAACAGCCUGGGAGAGAACAUCCCCAGUCAAACUAGGAUGGCUCUCAUCUACCAAUCAGCUGCCUGGAUACUGGCCGGUCUCCUCCUGGCCAUCGUCAUCUUCCUCAUUGUGGCAGUCCUCAUUAACAAGAAGAAAAAGUGGGUGCGGAUGUCGUGCUACAGCGCCCCCAAGAAGACUGUGAUCCUGAAGAAGCAUGUGAAUAAGAACUCGGUGGUGUACAUGGAACCUUCAAAGGAGAACAAGUUCCAGAGCAUGAAGAAUGACUGUGGCAUCAACUUCUCCCCAGAGAUGAGCUCACCAUGUGGGGAGAGGAUGCUCAUCCCCCGGGUCAAGCUGAGUACGGGCCAGGUCAGGGGACAGCGCUAGACCCCCCUCCCCCUAAACACCAACUCCCAUUCACCAGACCCCCAAACUCUACGCUGCCCAAAGGGCUACCAAGCACCUCCUCUUCUCUCUUUCUCACAUUUUCAUGGUGAUCGAUCCACAACAAUGCAAUGCAACUGCCUGUUGCUUUAUCAUACUGCUGGUACAGUGAGGAGAGACUGUGGAGGCAGGAGGAUGUGGCCAUUAUGGGACUUUGCCAUACAGUUCACCACAGACAGAGUGACAGUCAGCCAGAGAGGCUACUAGUCAGCCAGAGAGGCUACUAGUCAGCCAGAGAGGCUACUAGUCAGCCAGAGAGAGCUCUGAAAUGUGAACAUGAUCAUCAUCGCUUCUCGCCUCCUCUGGAACUAGAACAUGAAACUAACAGGAGGAAUAUAACAGCUUUAGGACAGGGGUUUGGGUUCUAGUCGAAGGUCUCUAGUUUGCUCUUUUCUAUGUGCCGCAGCGCAGCACUCAAUUCAUCAACAAUUGUUUUAGUGAUGCCAAUUUAACUGGUUUUCCAGUUGUAAUCAAAAUUGGAUGGGAGCGUAAGUCGAUUAUCAGAUGAAUGGCUAGUUCCAUGACUUGCUCCUCUCCCCAGUCAAUGACUUUGAGCAGCAUCAGAACCCAGCAGACUAUGGCCCAGAAAAAAAAGAAACCCAAACUCCUGCUUUAGAACGUGUGGUUUCCAUCUUAGCUUUUUUUAAAUAUAUUUCUAUGUGUAAUAGUUGUAGUGUUUUUCUUGGUCAAGCCUAGUUUUUGUUAUGGAAGUCUCCAUGGUGGCAAGAUUAAAACAUUGUAAAUGCCAGACUAAACAUUCCCCAUCGAUGCAAAGGAAUGACACUCUUCUAUUCCCACUUACUGUAGUGGUUUCUGUCUGCCUCAAAGGUGAUGACCAAAAUCAUUCCAUUCUGAAAACAACCAACCACCCUGGGAAGAGGGAAAAUGGUGUGAAUGUAUUCUGCCUCAGCUGUGAAGCCAGUGUGUCUGUCUGUAAUACAGUAAGGUCCUUCAUCCUUCUGUACUCAAUAACUCCCUUUAGAAGGAAUCAUCCCAUUGGCUGGACUUCAUCUAGAAAUGGGAAUGGACUUCAAGAUUAGGUGGAUUAAUACUAAUCCCGACUGUUAUUUUAUAGCUUGCAGAUAAGAGGACUCAUUACAGGAAACUACAGAAGCAGUUCCAGACUUUCUGGAGUUACUCAUGAGGAAUGUCAACAUACAAUAAGCCUCACUUAUAUAACUUCAUUUACAGCUGUGCGUAAACAUGAGCUACUGUUUCCAGAGAAUGUUAACAUAUACAUUAGUAGCCUUUAUUUUAUAGCCUUAAUGUUUUUCAUAUUCCAUUGUUUCUCCUGUAAUGACGUAUGCUAGUCCAAUUUUGGUGCAAUUUGUUGUGCCAUGUAUUCCAUGCCAAGGUAACCUGACUGAAGGUCUCCCCAUUCCCACCAGUUUAUAACAUAUUACAAUGAAAAGGGGCAAGGGUCUCAAGGAGACUCUGCUAUGAAAUGCAAAUAAUGGUACAUUCCAACAGCGCAUGUUCAUAAAAUGUAGCACUUUUGUUAGGAUCCAGUGUUUUAAAAAGUUGUGGAUGAGAUUCCUGGCGGGAUAAAGGCCUAAUCAGGGAUUUGAUGGGCAUAUUUAGCACAUGGAGGUGAUGAAUCACUCAAGUAAACAUAAUGGUGCAGCAAAUUCGAGGCUUAUUUAACAAUCUGAUGAAAUAGAUGUGAUUCAGAGCAUUACAAAACAGACUGGGGUUUAUUAGGAAAUCUUUGGAUCUGAUUUCAUAGUUACAUUGCCAGUCUCUCGAUACAAAGACCGUUGUGAUGCCAAAACUAUGUGGAGACAAAUAUAGAUUUCUAUUGAAGAGUUUCAAAAGUAAUUCAGUAGAUUUGGGUCCGUUUGAAUCACAACCAUGUGUUUUAAAUGAAGGUAAGAGGAGACUUGUUAAAGUUAUUUGUUUUUCCUAUGUGUAAAAAAGGUAGAUAAAAGUAGGACAGAAGAGUCCCUUAUUUAUUUUUUCACAUAGCUUUAUUUAUUAAUACUAAAGUAUAGUUUGAGUUAAUGACGUGUUUUUGGCAAAUGAACUUGGUAGCCAAAGCUGCUGUACAUUUUAGAUAUUGUAAGCCAUUUACCAUUUCCAUCUGCUUUGUUUUUCAAGCCUAUUUAUUUUACUGUUGCAAACUGUAAAUACAUUUUUCUUUGCUGUUGAACUGUAACAUUUAUACUUAUUUUGAAAAACAAAAUGUGUGAACAAAAAUUCUUUACAUUUAACAUUUGGGAAGACAUUUCAGUGCUUGUGACAUUUCCAUGGUGAUAUGUUUGCAAUGAAAAGUGUGACGGAGCUGGCUGAUGCCCCGUGCUUUUAAAAAAAGCCUGGAAAUCCCUACAAAUCAAAUAAAUAUCAAUAAAUAUCAACUUAGCAACAGUUGGGUUCAAAAGAGGUAA